AUGACCACUGGCACUGAGACGACUGCGUUAGAAUCGCAGAUGCCCGAGCUCAUACCUGUGCCACCCACAGACUUUGCCCUCGCUACCCAUGCGCCUGACAAUAGCUCAAGUCACGCCCAAGUCACAUCCACGUCUCAAAGAGACCCGCCCGACUUGCCCAGCGUGCCAGCUAGCUCACAGAUUGAGAUUGGUGCGCAAGACCCAUCACCUGCCGCCACAUCCAGCGCACAGACACCCCCCUGUUCCACCGGAGUGCAUGUAGCGUCACCAGAAGCCUCGUCAGCCUCCUUAAAGCCGCCCCUGAUUGAGGAGAGACCGGACCAACCCAGCGAUAUCGCCCAUGUUCAAGAAUCUGCAGGCGCAGUGAGGCCACUGCCCACUCACGACGAUUCUCCACCCUCCGUCAUUGAGCAGUCGGCAACCCAAUCGCGCAUUCAAAAGCAGACAGCGACGUCAGACCCUGUACCCUUGACGAGUGCAUCGCCUGAGACUCGGCCUUUGAAUGGCUCUUCUGGCCCCGCUCCAGCUACGAGCGUGGAACUUUCUGGGGAUCAUCCAGUGCCUUCUAAAGAUGAUGUCGUAGUUCUGCGAACCCGCCGCGGACGUCAGGCUCUGGCCCUAGGUGAUGCUACUUUAUCCGCCAGCUCGACAGACCGCGCCUCGAUCCUCUCGUCGUUUUACUUUCCGCCGCCGCCCGAGUUUGACGAAAGCUCGUCAGAGGUGGCGCCAUCAUCCAAACCGCUGCAGCAUAGUGACUCGCUCCCCACAUCUGCCAAACACGACCUCUCCUUUGGUGAUUCGGUGGAGAGUGAAGCCAGCUCCAUGGGCCCUUUCAGCCCUACUCUGAGGGACCUCAAAACCCUGCCACCCCCCAACAUGACGUCAACGCCUUUGCGCCCUGAAGGAGGGGAGGCAGUGGGUUCAUCUGCGGACCGAGAUGCGCUGCAACAACGACGACACAAUCGCCCUGUUAUUGUUUAUGACCUUCCGGUGGCCGCCAUACCUGAGCGGCGGUCUUUGUGGGGCCGAGUACGCAGUGCCUUUGGAUCCAAGCGAACGAGACCUGAAACCCCCACGUCCCCAAGCAAUACCGCCCCCCGCCACAGGCCGGGCCGACCCGCAGACGUCGCCGAGGUGGCAGAUGCUCUGACGUCUUUGGCCCACUCGCUGGAUGAAGUUGUUGGUGAUAAUGGUGAAGUAGUGCUGGUGUACACCUUAUUUCUGCGGGCUCCUGUAUGGUUCGGUAGGACGCAGAGCGCUACAUCAGCUCAAACCAAGCUCAAUUUGUCGGCACGACGCGUCAUAAUUCACCGCACGGCCAUUGGCUUCGGUUUCGCCAUUAACGGUGAAUCUCCCGUUUUCAUUACCACCGUGGUUCCUGGAGGACCUAGCGACAAGGGCCUUGCUGGACUGCUGCCUCGGGACAUCAUUCUCAAGGUCAAUGGGACCCCUUGUCCUCGUGGGCCACGUACACAUGUGGUUGCACUUGUCAAGAACACACCUCCGGGUCAGCCAUUGGAACUUGUUGUGUGUCGUACGCCCGAGCAAAAGCGCAAGCGAUUUGGAGGCGCCUCUACGUUGGACACAAAUCACGCCGAGUCCCACCUUGCAACUUUUCACCGAACACUUUGGGAACCUCCUAAUGACUCAUCGCAAGGCCUCUCGGAAACGGUGGUUGUACCACCCUCGCCCAGCACCAUUGCCAGUCCGUCUGUCGAGCUCACGACGAGGCCUACCAAUGCGGUGCCCGUCUCCCCACCCGCGCUACCCAACCAUGCCACUUCGACCUCCCAGCCAGCCGCCCCAAGAGCCGCCGCGCUGCCCGCCUCGAGCCCAAGCAUUGACACAAGUCAGGCGUCGACCACUGUUGAAGUGCGGCGCCUGCGCGACAUUGGUGAAUCAGACUACAGCGGCUGGCUCAAAAAGAAAACGGGGGCCGUGGUGGGCGCUGGUGAUUGGAAGCGCCGCUACUUCGUUCUCUUUGGCUCUCGCAUGGCCUAUUUCAAAAAGGCCACGCCGAAUGCCAAGCCAUGUGGUGUCUUGGAGUUGCAGCAGUGCCGAAUACAACGCACACGUGAAACCGACAUGGACAACACCUUUCGCGUCAUUUGCAAAGAGUUUAAAAACUUGCUUCUCGCCGCUCCGACACAGACCCCAGAGAGCGUUCAAUUGGAGCUCAAGGACCUUGAUGCUGAAUGCUCGGCGGAACCACCGAGUCGCAUGCUGUCGAGUGCAGGCCGUCCAGCCUCCAUGACAGCUGAUGACGAAUUUGCACAAGUUCUUGCUGGUUUGCAGCUCCUUGGUCGUGACGCUCAAGCCAAUACGAAAAGUUCUGUGGUUGCGCCACAAGGCUCUGCACGCACGGCCUGGGCUGACCCUGAAGCAGACGUGCCCCGCUCGGCCCGCCCCAGCAUAAUGCUCUUGGGUGGUGGAGACGCCUUGGAAGAAGGUACAAGUGAUGAUCCAGCAGCCGUGUUGUCCCCUCAAUACGCACCUCGAAAGGCUUCGACGGACUCCGCCCUCGUCUUCUCGGAGCAUGCUGAGGCGGAGACAGAUAUUUGA